AUGCAGCACCAGCAUGCCGGCCAUCCCACCACCACCACGUAUCAGCUUCCUGCUGCCACCCUACCGACGACCCAAGGCGCCGUGAAGGCUGCACACGACCUACCCCCAUCGUCCUCGCCGAUUGCCAGGAGCUCGCCGCCUUUCCAUCCUCUGCAUGGGCAGCCACCUUUCCGUGCCAGGCCGCUAGAGAGCACUCGUCGCCUGCGUGCUUCGCAAAACCCGACCAUGGUCCCGUCAGCGUCCAUCACCGCUGCUCAGCGCAGCGCUCCGGCCUCGUCGACCGCCCAACGCACCGUCUCGAUGGAUUCGACUCUGUCCUCGCUCUCCUCGUCGACCGCUCCACAGCCCAUCGUCCGCUCGCAGUCAAACAUCUCGCUCGAAACAACCGACAUACCCACCCUGAUCGCAGCUGCUGGUUCACCCGAGGCCGCUAUCGCGAAGCUGUUGCAAGAGAAACAGUCGGCCUCGACACAUACAACACAACUAUGGAGGCUUGUGGAAAAGCAAAGAGCCAUGAUCCUUGGCCUUAACAAGGACUUGGAACGCACACUCAAGGAGAAGGACAAGUAUCGCAAGAGACUUAAGGAUCUGCUCGGCGAGCAAUCCUCUCGUCCGCCUACCAUGAGGGAAAGCCUUGGUUCUGCCAGUCUUGACAGCCAGUCUCCAAAUCUUCCCGCUUCUAGUCCACCACUGCCCGCGAGCACAUCCUUAGACAGUCUGUCCGCAGGCUUGCAACGUCCCGGUCGUGUUCAGCCAUCGGCUUCGGCGUCUUCUUUGCCUGGCCUUCCAGUACGGUCUUCUGCAAGUGGCCCGCAGACUUCCAAGAUCACCAACACCCCUCAAGUGAUAUCGCCAAAAUCCUUUUCAAGUCCGAACCAGCGACUCCGCAAGGAGAAACCUGCCCCGCUGGAUCUGUCGAGCGCCCCAACCAUGCUUUGCGAAGCGUCGGAUUCGGACGAAGCCCCUCCACUAUCCAGAGGAAGAAAGAAGACAAGAGCCGACGAUGAUAAACUGAGAGAGGCGCUGGCCAGCCAGAGCCAGCACAAAGAAAUGACACAAGCUAGCAGCAGGAGCGCUCCUCCCNCCGCUAUCGACCGACGUGUCCCUGCUCCUGCAGAUCUCGACGCAGACCCAGGUCUGCUCAGCGACACGGAACAGGGCGUCCUUAGUGAUGCUGAAACGAUUGAUUUUGGUUCUCCUCAGCUUGCCCAGGUCCAAACAUUCCAGAGCAUGGGCCAGAUGGUAUCAGCCGAUGCUCCUGCCCAACCAAAACGUCAUCCCGUUUCUCUGACUGUGUUGAGUCCUGGUCUGCCUAUGAGUCCUCGUCCUAGCGACAGGCCUAUGAAUUCGCCCAUGCCUAGAGCUUUCAAUAAACCACUGACCUCAAUACCCACCUCUCCUAGAGUAGGGGGCCAGAUGCCUUUGUCACCACGCGCUCCCCGCCAACCUAUCCCUAUGCCACCCCAGACUCCUCUGUCGUUCGCGUCUCCUCAUUUGGCUCGUGCCGAGGCCUAUCAAACCUUUGCAGCAAGCUCCAUGUCUGAUAGGCUCUCUGUUCCUUCGCAACCACGAAUGGCAGAGUCUGAACAAAAUUUGAAUGCACCCGCUCCAAGAUCUCCUGGCGAAGUCUACCGCGGUUUCGUAUCGGAGCAAUACCCCGGUCUGCUUCUACCUCCAAAUGCUCUUCCCUCGAUAUAUGUAAAAGUCGACUCCUCGCGUCUGCGACCGUCUAGGCAAAGUUACAUGGCACCCAAACCAUCUGAGGAGAAUCCCGUUAUUACGCUUGCUGUUUUUGCAAGAUCUGACAGAACUCAGUUAUGGCGCGUGGAGAAGUCAUUGACUGCUAUGUCCGUCUUUGACCAACAAAUCAAGGUAGCAUCCAAUUUUAGAACAAAGCUUCCAGAUCGUUCUUUGUUCACUGGACACGCCCCUGCUCGGAUGGACGCCCGCAGGAAUGCCCUCGGCCUCUACUUCGACAGCAUGCUUGACACUCCUAUGGAUGAUCAAGCUGCCGUCAUCAUCUGUGGCUUCUUGACUGCUGACGCAAUUGGUCCCGAAAUGCCCGAGUACUUCCCUCAAGAAGCGACCAACCCGGUCAAGGCUCCCGCAGUCCAAGGUGGAGGUGUUCGCAAAGAUGGCUACUUGACAAAACGUGGAAAGAACUUUGGUGGUUGGAAAGCCAGGUACUUUGUCUUGGACGGACCGAUCUUCAAGUAUUUUGAAGCUCCUGGAGGUGCGAUCCUCGGCUCAAUCAAGUUGCCGUAUGCGCAGAUUGGCAAGCAAGCACAACAUACAACACGGCACGAGGAUGACGAUAGCGAUAGCGAAUAUCGACACGCUUUCUUGAUCCUCGAGCCCAAACGUAAGGAUUCUUCGAACCAUGUGCGCCAUGUGCUUUGCGCUGAGAGUGACGAAGAGCGCGACGCCUGGGUUGAGGCUUUGCUGCAUUAUGUCGAUCAGGUUGCGUCUCCCACAGUCUUGAGAAAGCAAGAUUCACUGCAUGCAGUGCGCAGUCCGCGUCUUCAGAAGUCCAUGAAUGACCUCUCAUCGGCAAGCUCGAGGCAGUCCGAUAGCUCUUCGAUGCUGCGUAGUAUUCCUUACCAAGCCACAGUGCCUGCCGAAGCGCCUGUGAUUGGCCCCAACCGCGACCUUGCCACACCUUCGCCAAUCAACUCUCCAGCUAUUGGCGAAAGCGAGCACCACCCACAGAUUUCUGGUCCAACCAAUGGUGCAGUAAUACAGGACGCAGGAUCAUGGGGCAACAAGAAAGACCCCGUUACUCAGACCAAGGAUAAGAAGCGAAGUAUCUUUGGGUUCAGGGGUCGGUCUUCAUCUGAUACAGUGCCUGGCAGUGUGCCAAAGGACUUGGUUCAGAGCGAAUCACCCGUUCUUGCUCGGCCAGUCUUCGGCGCUCCCUUGGCUGAAGCCAUAGAGAUUGCGCCACCUAUGGAUGUUCCUGUCCACCUUCCUGCCGUGGUAUAUCGUUCCAUCGAGUACUUGAGAGCCAAGAACGCUUCAUCUGAAGAAGGAAUAUUCCGUCUUUCUGGUUCAAACGUUGUUAUCAAGGCAUUGAAAGAGCGAUUCAACACAGAGGGUGACGUCAAACUACUCGAAGGUCCAUACUACGACAUCCAUGCUGUUGCAAGUCUGCUAAAGCUUUAUCUUCGAGAAUUGCCAGCCAGUAUUCUCACAAGAGAACAUCAUCUCGAGUUCCUCAAGGGCUUGGAUGUCGAUGAGAAGAUCAAGGUUGAAAUGUUCAAUGUUCUUGUGAACAAACUGCCACGGGCCAAUCGAGAAUUACUCGACAUCUUGAGCACAUUCUUGCGCGAGAUUGUAGACAAAGAGGGUGUAAACAAGAUGAGCGUCCGCAAUGACACACCACUCUCAGGGGUAACGCCUGAAAGUGUCAGGUCACCUCGACACAAACCGAGCGGUGAUUUCCCAGCACAUAGCUACCAACAGGCUGGCUUCUUCCCACAGGCUGCACCUUCCAGCCGCGAUGGUUACGACACUGGAAACGCUUCAUCUCAGAUGAUGAACAAGGAGAAUGGACCGCCAUCGUACAGCGACAGAUUAUCAGGACCGAACGGGAGCCGCACAACACAGCUGAGCAAUCCCAUGAGCAAGCAAGCCAAGCGGGAGAGCAACACAUUGUUCAUGAACUUCGGACCAAUGAGCCAGAGAGAGUCUCCACUCAGCCGUCUCCGGGAGGCUGAU